AUGGUGAACAUGGGAUAUAUACUUAUUCCAAGGGUUGCUGAUUACUUGUGGAUUUCUGAAGAUGGAUUGACCACGCAAAGCUUUGGGAGUCAGACAUGGGAUGCUAGUUUUUCAGUUCAAGCUCUGCUUGCUGCCAAUAUCAGUAACGAAAUUGGACCUGUACUGAAGAGAGCACAUGAAUUUUUGAAGAUAUCACAGGUGAGGGUAAAUCCUUCUGGUGACUACUUAGCCCAUUUUCGCCACAUUUCUAAAGGAGCAUGGACUUUCUCUGAUAGAGAUCAUGAUUGGCAAGUUUCUGAUUGUACUGCAGAAGCUCUCAAGUGUUGCUUGAUGCUCAAAACCAUGCCAUCGGAACUUGUGGGGGAGCCAAUGGAACCGGAGUGUUUAUACGAUGCAGUUAAUGUCAUACUUACGCUACAGAGUAAAAAUGGUGGUGUAUCAGCUUGGGAGCCAACAGGAGCUCCAAGAUGGUUGGAGUGGCUGAAUCCUGUGGAAUUCCUUGAGGACCUUGUGAUUGAAUACGAGUAUGCAGAAUGCACUUCCUCUUCAAUUCAGGCCUUGGUUUUAUUUAGGAUGUUAUUCCCCGUGCAUAGGAAGAAAGAGAUUGAUGAGUUUAUCACCAAGGCUGUGACAUACCUCGAACAAAUUCAAAUGCCAGAUGGCUCAUGGUAUGGGAGUUGGGGAAUAUGCUUUGUGUAUGGGACAUGGUUCGCAAUCAAAGGGCUGGAGGCCGCUGGGAAGAACUAUUAUAACUGUGAGGCUGUGCGCAGAGGUGUUGAGUUUUUACUUAAUACACAGAGAGAGGAUGGUGGUUGGGCUGAGAGCUACAAAUCAUGCACUAACAAGGUAUAUACACCAUCUGAAGGAGACCACUCCAAUCUGGUGCAAACUGCAUUAGGAUUGAUGGGUUUAAUCCAUGGUCUACGGGCUGAUGGAGACCCAACUCCUAUACAUCGAGCUGCAAAGCUUUUGAUAAAUUCCCAAUUGGAAAAUGGAGAUUUCCCACAACAGGAAAUGAUGGGAGUUUACAUGAAGAACUGCAUGCUGCACUAUGCAGCUUACAGGAACAUUUUUCCAUUGUGGGCUCUCGCUGAAUACCGGAAUUUAGUACCAUUUCCUUCUAAUUAAACAAACAGCAAAUCGUGGAGCAAGUUUGCAAAAAGUGCGAAGGCAGUCUUACCCAAAAGCUUGAAAAAUUUUAUACUUACUAAAUCUACACAAACGUUGAUGAAUUAUUAUAGUUAAAUUAAGUUUAGCCAUUGGCUAAUCAAAUAUGAUAAAUACAUAGGAGAAUGUUUUA